CUGAGUACCUAGCAGGUGGCCAGGCUGCUCUGAGUGACAGACAACAACGGUUUUGACUGGGCAGAAACAAAGCUCAGCGUCUUGCUGUGUAAAAAGGAAAAGAGUCACAUCAAGAAGGUGGAUAAAACGCUUAGAAGAUCAGAAGAGUUUGGUUCAGUAGCCACCAUGAAGACCCUGGACACACUCCUGCUGGUGUAUAGCAUGUACAGCCUGAGUACAUUAGUAGGCGGUGCUGAGGUGGAGCAGGCUCUGAUGAAGAAGGUUUUCACCAACUAUAACCUGAAGGUGCUACCAGCUCAAAGCCCUAGAGAGAGGGUGGUGGUCCGUGUGGGGAUGAUCCUCUCCUCGUUUGUUGGACUGAACAUGAAAAAUGAAGAAAUGAGCACGGUGGUUGUUAUGAACCUGGAGUGGACGGAUUAUCGGCUGAGCUGGGAUCCCAAGCAGUAUGAUGGGAUUGAGGUCCUGCGUGUUCCCUCUGGGAAGGUGUGGCUUCCUGACAUCGUCCUCAUUAAUAAUAAUGAUGGCGUCUUUGACGUGGCCCUGCAGGUCCAUGUCCAGGUUUAUAGUACCGGCAGGGUGACGUGGACGCCCCCUGCUCUCUACUGCAGUUCUUGUGGAGUCAAGGUAACAUAUUUCCCUUUUGACUGGCAGAACUGCACCAUGCAGUUCCGCUCCUACACGUACGACUCCACAGAGAUCGACCUGCAGUACGCGCUGGACUCAAAAGGCAACGAGAUUAGAGAAAUCCAGUUAGACGGGGCCUUCAGUGAGAGCGGCGAGUGGAACAUCAUUCACAAGCCAAGCAGGAAGAACAUGAACGACGACAUGUAUGAAGAGAUGACGUUCUACCUAAUCAUCGAGAGGAAGCCUCUCUACUACAUCAUCAACAUCAUCAUUCCCUGCAUCCUCAUCACCAUCAUUGCCAUCUUUAACUUCUACCUCCCUCCUGAUGCCGGUGAGAAGAUGGGCCUGUCCAUCAACGUCCUGCUGACCCUCACCGUGUUCCUUCUGCUGCUGGCUGAUAAGAUCCCAGAAACCUCGCUGGGUGUUCCCAUCAUCGUCAACUACAUCAUGUUCACCAUGAUCCUAGUCACCUUCUCCGUGAUCCUCAGCGUGGUUGUCCUCAACCUGCACCACCGCUCCCCCAACACCCACAUGAUGCCGCUGUGGGUGCGCAAGAUCUUCAUCCACAUGCUGCCUCCAUACCUGGGUAUGCUUCGGCCAAAGGUUGAGCCACCUCUGUCCCUCGAGACCAUUUCCCAUAGGCAGAAAAAGAUUGUCACCAUCAGCAAAGUUGCUGACGAGUACUUCAUCAGAAAACCUGACUCGUCCAUCUUAUUCCCCAAGCCAAACAGGUUCCACCCAGAAGGUCUGUGCACAGACCUGAGGAAGUUCAUCGAAGGCCCGAGUACCUACCUUACUCUACCGCAUGAGCUGAAAUCAGCCAUUGAAGCCAUCACGUACAUUGCUGAAGCUCUGCAGGCUGAGAAAGACUACGAGGCGCUGAAAGAGGACUGGCAGUACGUCGCCAUGGUGGUGGACCGCAUGUUCCUCUGGAUCUUCGUGGUUUUCACCACGGUGGGAACUCUGGCCAUCUUUACAGACGCCAGUUUCAACCACACUCCCACUGAUCCUUUCAAAGCCCUCUGAGGACAUCUUUGGAUUUCUUAUUCAAACUUUGAAGAAAUGGUGGAAAAGGUCGUCACUUCCGAUGGCUUCUGAUCAAAACUGAGAAUUUUCACAGUUUUCCUCCAACAGCAUUAAACUGCUCCACUGGUGUGAUAUUCAUAUCUAAACUAAAUUCUACUUGUAAAAUUGUUUAAUAUGGUAUGAAAUAUAACUUUAUCUGAUCUUAUUUAUGUAGUAUUAGUUUGUAACACAGGCCAUUAACCCAUAAACACGCUGAGCUACCAGCUGCUUAAAUCAACGGCCUUUGGGACGGCAACAAGGGCUUACGGGAUAUUUCUGCAGCCGUUCUGGUCCUUUUCAUGUUUCGGAGACUGGUGCUUUGGUGCGUGUGUGUUUGGAAGCUAUUCUUAAGUCUGACAAGGACACAAAGACAUCUCAUGUCCUAUUGGACACACUAAAUCUUUAACUUUUUGUCUAUUUCAGUCUUAGUUAACAUUGGAGGGGAGUUUAAAUUGGUAAAUUGGUAAAUUAGUUACUUUAAACUGAUUUCUAAAAUUGUGACAAAUCUAAAUAGAACAUUUAACAGAUUUACCUCCUGCAUCUGCAUCUGUUUUACCAUUUAAGUAUUAUUUAAAGCAUUAAAUUCUACUAAAUAUUUAAACUCAGAGACAUUUUAUUUAUUAAAGCAAUUUUCCCGUUUCUGCAGAAGUUUCUUUAGAUUUUUUUUAUACUGUAAAGCCAGAUUUGAAACUGUUUAAUAUUUGCUUAUUCGUUUUAAUUAAUGUAUUUAAAUUGUAUUCAAACUUUUAAAAUUCAAAAUACCAAAUGAAAUAUACUGAAAAUGGUUAAACCAAAAUAUAAUUUAAAUAUAAAUUAUUAAAAGUGUAUUUUAUUUCAUAAUUAAAAGUAACAGGCAACAAGAUUUGUGUUCAUUUGCUCUGCUUCAACAGCACCUGGAGUGAUAUGUAUCUGAUAAAUAGUUAUUUUAUUUUAUUUUAUGAAUUAAUAAAACAGAUUUCAUGCUGUGGACUCA